CAUGUCACCUCCUGCAAGCAUUAAGUGUGCGUGUCUCCUGCUUGACAGAAAGAUCUCUCAGCCUUCAGUGUUAACUUAAUUUUUAUGAACUCAGGAUUGUUCAAGUGUGCAUUGUUAUAUUACAAGAAGCCUUAUCUACAGUUCAUUACAUUAGAUAAUAGUGUUACAUCUUGUGUGUUCAGACGUUUGGCUUUUAUCUGUCUAGGAUGUAUUGCUGUUGUUGGGGAGAAACUGACUGCGCUGAUUUUGGAUUAACAGCCAAGGAUCAAUGCUUUCCUCUUUUAUAUGGUAAAGAAAUAAUUUAUGAGAUAAGUUUUCAGAAUGGCAAUUUAGUUAUUGUACUAAGAAAUGGAAAAACUAUACUAUUUGAAGAACAAGAGAGCCUGGCACAACAGAGACAUAAAGCAAAAGUUGUUGCAGUAAAAGGUGAAAGUAUUCACACUGCAGUUUCUGGAGAAUCACAUGUUCUGUUCCUCACAAGGGCAGGAGAGGUCUAUGAAUUGAUGUGUUUUGCAAAAAAGUCAGAAACAGUUUGCCCCAGGCUGAUACCAAACCUACAAGGCAUCCCUAUAAUACAGAUUGCAUGUGGAAGGCACCAUUCCCUAGCCCUUUCUCAAGAUGGAAAGCUUUUUAGCUGGGGCUUGAACACCUUUGGUCAGCUUGGCAUUACUAAAAAGAAAGUUGUUCUCUCUAGCCCACGUCACCUUGUGAAUCUGGAAGGGGUACCGCUGGCGCAAAUUUCUGCAGGAGGUGCACACAGUAUCGCUGUUUCGUUGUCAGGCACAGUAUUCACAUGGGGUCGAAAUAAUGCAGGACAGCUGGGACUUGGCAGCACAGAAGACAAAUACAGUCCUAAUAUUGUCAGGUCAUUGGAACAGAAGAAGACAAUUUUUGUCAGUUGUGGAGAAGAGCACACAGCCAUUCUGACCAAGGAUGGAAUGGUGUUUACCUUUGGAGCUGGAGGUUAUGGACAACUAGGGCACAACUCGAGCAGAAAUGAACUUAAACCUCGUCUUGUGGCUGAGCUUCUUGGAGUCCAAGUCUCUCAGAUCGCCUGUGGCUGGUAUCACACACUUGCUUAUGUCUGCACCACUGGAAAGCUUUACACGUUUGGCUGUGGACUACAAGGCCAGCUGGGAAACAGAAAGAGAUGUAAUCAAUUAGUGCCACUUUCUGCUGAAUUACCAUUGACUACAAAAAACGGUGAAAGUCUUUCAGACAAAAUCCCAAAUCUGAUAAAGAGAAUACAUGCUGGAGGAAACCAGAGUAUGAUUAUUUAUUCAGAAGUGGAGAACUGCAGUAUUUCUGAAGACCAGUUUGCAAACAGUAUGAACAAAAGGAUUGCUAUAUUAAAUGAUGGAACAGUGCAAAAAUGGAUUAAUAACACUGAUAACAAGAAAAGAAUGAAGAUAAAGAGAGAGAUCGGCAUAAUCUUUUCUUCUGCGUCAUGUGUAAACGGAAGCUUCCUGGAAACAAGCAAUGAUCAGCACUUUAAGACAUCACCAGUGGAACUCGGAGUGGACAUGUCAGCAGUUUAUCUGUUUUUUGAGAAAGUCAAGCAGCGUCCUUAUAUCUUUGAAGAGGUGAAGACAUCGGUGAAGAAGAUGCUGGCAUCAUUGACAGAUUCCCCGAUAUGUGCAGAGGCCCUGCGAGUCUAUCUGAUUGUACCUGAACUGAUACGUUUGCUUGAUGAAGAAUAUGAUAUUAGUUUAUUGACUGACCUUUUAUCAAAUGCCAUCUUAAAUCUCAAGAAAGACAAGCGAAAGAUGUUUGCAUCAUUGUUGACUGCAUUCCCAACGAGUUUCUUCAAGAUGUUUGUGAACUUAUAUCAACGGGUGUCCAAGCAGUGUUUCCAAAAGACAAUGGAGAAAUACAGUGAAAAGAAUAUAAAACAAUUGAAAAUGAUUUUGCACAUACUUCAGAGCUUUUACCAGGUUAACUUGGAUGCUGGGUUAAAAAUACAGGAACAAAACUUCUAUGUACCUGAAGUGACCCGCGCCUUUAAGGACCUUAGAGACAGGUGCCUACAAUUAAGAAACUGGGAAGAAUUUAAAAACCCCAUGCUCUUACUAUUGUCAUUGAAAGAUUUUCCCUGUAUCUUUGAUAUGGAAGGUAAACUCGAAAUGUUUGAACUUGGCAAUGCCAUAGCUUUACAGAAAAUGAUUCCAGGAAUGGACAACAGUCUACCUGUCAGAAGAGAAAAUAUUCUGCAAGAUGCCUUUCACUUUCUAAGAAGAAGAAGUCCUAAUAAUUUUCAGGCACCAUUACAGGUAUAUUUUUCAAGAGAACAAGGUGUUGAUCAAGGUGGACUUUCACAAGAAUUCUUCACUUUAGUUACAAAGGAACUGUGUACCCCAGAGGCAAACAUAUUCAAGCAUUAUGAAGACUCUCGAUUAAUCUGGUUUCCUGAAGAUGGAUCCAGAACAGGUGAUGAGUACCAUCUAGCUGGGGAAAUCUGUGGACUGGCCCUGUACAACCGGUGCGUGGCUGACUUCCACUUUCCUCUGGCAUUGUACAAGAAACUACUGAAUAUUCGACCAACCUUAGAAGACAUGCAUGAGCUUUCUCCCACUGAAGGAAGGUGCCUACAAGGACUACUUGAUGAAGAUUAUGAUGACGUCAUUGACAGGCUGAUGCUGGAUUUUACAAAACUAAGCACAAAUGAUGGAUCUGUUGCUGAGCUUAUCCCAGAUGGGGAAGCAACUCCUGUGACCAGACACAACAGAAAGCAGUAUGUCGAUGCUUAUGUGGAUUAUGUAUUCAAUACCUCUGUGAAGAAAAACUUUGAAGAUUUUGCUUAUGGAUUUAAAAAAGGAUGCAGUAAUGUCAUGUGGGCAAUGUUUGUUCCUGUUGAACUCAUGGCAAUAAUCCAUGGAAAUACAGUAUAUGACUGGGAACAAUUGGAAAAGAAUGCGAAAUACAUAGGGUAUGAUGUCUCCAGUGAAGUUAUCAAGAAUUUCUGGACAGUAUUUCAUGAUCUUUCAGAAGAAAUGAAGAAGAGGUUCCUAGCUUUUUUAACAGGAACUGAUAGAAUCCCAGUAGGAGGAAUGGAAAAGUUUACUUUUACUAUCUGUAACCAAGGAUUCUUAUAUUCAGACUUAUUCUACCCUUCUGCCAACACUUGCGCUCGCAUUUUGUACCUUCCUUGCUACAGUAGUAUCGAGGCUCUAAGGAUCAGGUUACAACAUGCCUUACAGUUCUUUGAGGAAUUUGGCUUGGCCUAACUGAAUGUAUGCCAGUAGCUUUGUCUACCUCAAAAUGUCUUCCUUAAAUGUAAUUAUAACUUAUUUCUUAGUAUGCCAGCAGAUUUGUCUACUUCAGACUAUCUUCCUUGAAUACAUUUAUAAUUUAUAUUACAAUCUAUAUUAAAUUCUAAAUAUUACUUAUUUAUAAAAUAAAGACAAACUUAAUAAUUUUUUAACCAAUGGAUGUAUUCACCUUGAGCUGAUUCUUUGUGUAAGACUUGAAACCAGACAGUGUUGAUGACAUGUCCAACUGUGCAGUGGUCUUAUUUUUUGAACAUUUAGUAUUCAUGAUCACAUGAGUAGAUUUCAUCCCUGCCACACCGUCUGAAUUUGGUGAUUUUUUGCAGUGUGUUUCCAUGUUACCCACUAUGUAUUUUUUACAUAUUUCCUCCAUAGUGAUAUUAAUUAAAUGUCUUAAAAUUGCUUUCUUUAUUGCACUUAAAUGUUACAUAAAACCUGUUUUGCCAAACUACAUUUUAAUGUAAAAAAAACCUUUCUUGUAACCUGGUCAGCUGCAAUCUUAGGUUAUGAGAGAUGAAUGUAUUUACAUAAUUAUGUUAUCAGUUACAGGAGAUGUAUUAAAGUACAUAUGUGUAUAUUUUUGUAUUAAAUUUUUGUGUGUGAGUAAAAUUUA